GUAGCUCCUCUUUCGAGUAAGUUUGUAAGCAUAUUUUCACCCUCGACUCGCAACAACCAUAACAACUGUAUAACCCUGUCGAGUGACAAAGGUUUUCAGGAAAUUAGCAUUUUUCAUUGUGCGAAUCACCCCAAUUCCUCCGCUGUUCAUUUUCACCGAAUUAUACCGUUAAAACGAGAAGUUCAAGGCAGCUACCUGCGUUUCUGUUCGGUCCCCACUCGUCCUCAGUGGUUGUGAAACGAUGUGAAACUUUACAUAUGGUGUUUAGAUUCCGCGUAGGCUUUUUAUAACGUGGUAUCACGUUUGGUGUGUAUGCAAUAUACCUGCCACAUCUGUCAAUUAUAAACCGAAAUUCGAGCCAUGGUUGAAAAUAAUGACCUGAAAAGUGAAAGUAUCAUGAAUUUGGCAAACGUCAAAUUAAUUACAGAAGGCAAAAAAUUAUUGGAUGAAACCACACUCAGCAUACAACUGGAAAUAAAAACAAGUUUCGAGCAUCUAAUUGGCGUGUUGAAAUCAAGAGAAAAGCAGCUUCUACGUCAGGUGGAAGCCGUCCAUGUGCAACAGCUUUCUUUAAUACAGUCGAAUCUGGAUUUAGUAUCGUGUAAACCUUUAGUAAACAUAGAUUUAAGUUCGAGGUAUGAUAUUGAGUCGCAGAUAUUGCACUUGGGGAAGUUAAAAGUAUUUGGAAAAAAUUGUAUGUCUGUAAAAGACACAGAGCCUUAUAAAGUCCAGGAAUAUCAAGACGCAGACAAGGAUCAUGAAAGUUUUAACAAAUCAAUUAAAUCUGAUGAUAAUAUUAGGGAGGUAGUUGAAAAACAGAUUGAAUUUGAAGCAAAUGUUUCGGCAUGCGAUGAAAAUACUCAAACUUAUAACAAUGGCAUGCUCAACUGUUCAUGUAACUCAAGUCUAAAUUCAAGCUCAGGAAGUGAGAAUAAGUCUAAUGACGAGUUUAGCACUUUGUCUAUGUCAAAUUGUACGGUGAUUGAUAAGCGUUUAUUUUUCUCAAACAACGAAUCUUCGCCUGAGGCAGGAUCAACUGAACCAGAUAGCUUGUUAGAUUUAACAAAUGAAAAUUCAAGAAUAGAUAUCCCUAAUGAUUUAGUGAGCUCAGGAGACUCAAAAGAAUUAUAUUCAAAGAACAUCACAUGUGACAACGUUACAAAUGUUAAUUUUUACAAGGACGUUAAUGCAAAUAAAGGACAAGGUUUCUUAUCCAUACAUUCAGUAUCAUCAUGUGAGCCUGACAGAAGUAGACAGAUUAGAAGAGAUAGCGGUGAACAUCCGAAGCAAAUACAACAAUGGUUACAACAAAUUUUAGUUGAAACUGAAACUGAACCAAUGGUACACGAGAUCGAACAAUUUUCUGAAAUUUCUAAAGCAAGAUUGUCUGGUCAGUUUCCAUUAGAGACUUAAAAGGACUGAUGCCACUUUCAACCCUGCUCUUUUAAAGAUUAGCCCUUGCGUUCAAACGAUAGCUAAGAAAUUAAGUUUUUUGAAUCCCAAUAAACCGGGGCCAAAGUUUCCACGGGUAUGGGAAGUAAACCAAAAGUCUGAUUUUCCAUCGCUACUACUUAAAUGAUGUACUGUAAUUUAUUUAUUUCUUGCGUUACUUAUGUUUACCGUAUUUAUAAUAGGUCCUUGUCAUCUCCUUGUGAUGUAUUUCUCAAUUUUGUGCUUUCGUUUCUAUGUUUCGAAUGAACAUCCACAUGUAUAAGAAAACAAAAAUUUGUAAAAAUGAUCGGGAUAUUAUAUUAAUAAAUAUAGUAUUAUGUAUACUUUAAUCUGACGCUUCAUUCUCACUUUAUGUACCAUGGCCAAUGCAGUUACAAAAACCUAAUCAAGUAAAGGAAUCUCUGUAAUCAGUUAAACUUCAGGUCUCAGAUAUUUUACGGAGAAAAAUCGAUUCAUGCCAAUGCUUGACGUUUAGUACUUUCUUAUAUUCACAAGCUUUAGCUGCAGUCUGUAUUUAGUUGAAAUCAAAUUUAAGAAAAAUCAAAGUUGCACUUACAAAUGUGAAUUUGCAUGUCGAACACAGUAAUUGCGUGAAAGAGUCCCAACUUUCUCCCACAGUUUAUGAUAAGAAGAAUAUAUACAUUGGUUUGACAUAUUUACCAUGAAAUUUGUCUAUCUUAAUAGAAAAUUAACCUUAAAUUAGAUAAACGAACAAAAAUACAACAUCCAAUUUCAGCUUUCAUUCAACGCCUCUUCAUUUAAUGGAUUAAAUUAACUUCUCUCAUUACAUUCAUUAAUGUGUGUACAUUGCCUUUUCGAUAGAGUAAGAGGAAAUAACAAUAACAAUUUAAAGAGAUAGUACCACCAGUCUUUAAAGAUCCAGAAAG